UGGACAAGCCAGCCGAGCCACAGCCGCGAGAGUUCAAAGGUUUGAAACGUAAAAAUGCGCAAAGUUGGUUCUUUAAUCUAUGCAUAGCCCAUAGAGAAAGAAAAUUUCUUUCUUAAUUUUUUUCUCUAUGCGUAGCCUCUGAAGUUUCUGCGUAUUCUAUGGUUUCUACAGCACGUGCCAAAGUUGCCUAGCCGCUUAUCCCGGAAGCACCUUUAAGCACGUUCUAAUGGUUUAACAUCUGAGAGGUAACGGACUUAGCUGCGUUAUACUUUUUUUCUUAUAAUUUGUGGAAACGUGCAAUGGGAAUCUAUGUGACGGUCAACUUGGACGUUGAGCCGCUAACUGCCGAGCUUUUUUUCCCGCUCGGUCUUUCCGCUGGAAGCUCCGUCGACCUGAUAGUUGCCCCUCCGUCCCAACCAAAGGCGGACGGCAACAAAAGCUCGUUUUCCCUGUGUCAUGCCCUUGUGUGCGGUAGGAAGGUUCCCAUUGCCAGGAACAACUUCGACAAGAGUUUUGAAGCUCCUUCCGUUCCAAAGGGUCUGUGCGUCCGCUCGCCCCUAGUCAACGGACAGCGCAUAUGUCAGUUAAAAAAUGUUCGUAAGGGGGCAUCGGAACGACCGUGUUCACCAUCAGCUGCUGCGUCGACCAAAUCAGCAGCGAUAAUACCACAAACGACGUUAGCGUCCGCUGACAGUGUUGACACGAUCGUCGCGGACGACCCCGAAGAGUGCAAAAAAGCCCUCGAUGACAUCAUGAAGUCUGGAGAGCCUGAGACCAAAACAGUAUUUGUGUGCACCGAGUGUCCCCACCGCACUUUCGACAAGGAAGAUGCGGUGGAGCAUUGCAAGUCACAUCUCGCUUCCAGCGGCACAGCGGAUGCACCGAGUACGGCGAAGGCCUUGCCAAGGUUUCCAACGAAGCGCGAGAGGCCUCCCAAAAAGAGGUUUCACUGCAGUACGUGCACCAAGUCAUUUCCCUCAAAACAGUCUUUCCAGACGCACCUGCUCAACCACACAAGCCGUGGCUCAACGCUUCCUUUAGUGACUGUGGUAAAACGUGCUAGUGACGCGCCGCUCAUGAAAGAGUCGGUAAACUGCUUACAGAAUCCUGUUUUAAAGGCCACGUCUGAUUGCCCACAAACAUUGCCUUCUCGUGCUCUUGAAGGGUAUGCAGACCCAGCGCAAAAUGCACCGAUUUUAGGCGAUUCCAUCAUUAACGAGGACACUGUAUUUAGGUGUUUGGGAUGUGCUGGAAGGUUUGCAUCACUGUCUGAUCUCGAUGCCCAUCGUCAGUCUGUGCAUUCAGAUUCACAUUUCUGCCAUGUCUGUGGGGAAGUGUUCAGCGAGGCAUUUAACCUGGAAUCGCACGUGUCAGAGGCUCAUGGAAAAGGCAUCUGCUUUUACUGUACACUCUGCCUGAUGGUCUUUGUUGGCGAGGAAUCCUUCAAGGACCACAAGGCGCAGUGUGGUGUUGCCUGUGCUACAUCCAAGCGCAAAAGACGUGAAUUUAUCUGCUCCCGCUGUUCUUUCAUCACUGAUGCUUACUCCAAGUUGUGUGACCAUGUGGUCGAGAAGCACCCUAAUGUGGCAGUGCACCAGUGCGAACAAUGCCAGAAACCUUUCCUCCAUAGUGCCAUGCUUGAGCAUCACUGCAAAACAGUUCACAAGAAGACAGAUCAACAAACAGCCAGAGAGAAUGUAAAUGAGAAGAACUCAACGACGCGUCUCUAUCCGUGCACCUUCUGUGACCGUGUGUUUAGGAGCCACAGAGGCAUCCAGGCGCACACAAACAUUCACAAGAACCUCCGGCCAUACGAGUGCCGCAAAUGCGGUGCCUCACUAACAUCAAUGACUAACCUUAAAGCACAUAUGGUCAGUAUCCAUGGCAACCCUGGUGACAACGCAAAGUGCCCUCACUGCCCUAAGGUAUUCAAGCUAAAGCGGUCGCUGAACAUACACGUAAGGGCCAUCCACAGCCAGGAAGGUCGUCGGCAGUGUGAACUUUGUGGCAAGUGGUUAGCCACUGAACGCAAGUUGCAACGUCACAUAGCCCUGACACAUUAUGGUGAUGCUGUCAACACCCAGGACGGUACCUUUUCCCUGCUGCGCCCUCUCAAGUGCGAUCACUGUGACUUCAAGAGCUUUAGCUACCCACGGCUCGCAAGGCAUAGGGUGACGCACACAGGUGUGUACCCGCAUCAAUGUCCCGAGUGCAACAAGCAGUUUGUGUUCCGUGACCAAAUGACACGGCAUGUGCAGACUGUGCACCGCAAGGUACGACUCACCUGCCCGCAGUGCCCACGCCUGUUCUUCUCCGAGAAGCUCUUUCAGCAGCACCUUGAUGCCCAUCGGUUGGGACAAGGUUUCCCUUGCACCAUGUGCGAGAACUUCUAUGAAACUAAGGCUGCAUUGGACCAUCACAGCCAAAGCCACGAAGCAAGCCUGCCUUUCCAGUGUGAACUGUGCAAGCAGCGGUUCAAGUUCUCACAGGGGCUUUCAAUUCAUCGGAGGUUUCGGCACAGCAAGGAAGCAAAGUCAUCGAGCCAGUGGAAGAGUGGAGACCACACAUGGCGGCACAGCUGUGACGUCUGCCGGAUUCGGUUCAAGUACCAGAGCAGCUUGGCUGCACACAGACUAAACCGGCAUGCAGAUGCUGAGCGGCUUACUUGCACCUACUGCAGCCGCAGUUUCACCUCGCAGAGUGUUCUGGCUCUGCACAUUCGCUCACACACAGGCGAGAAACCACAUGUGUGCCCACACUGCAGCAAGGCAUUCAGCAUACCACACAAUCUCAAGAACCAUGUUAUCACACAGCACACCAAGGAAUUCAAGUUCUUCUGUCCACUGUGCUCCAAAGGAGCAGUGAGCCAAAUAAAACUGCGGCAGCACUUGCUUCAGUCACACAAAGCUGUGAAUGACUCCUCAAGCAAGUACAGAAGAACCGUGAUGAAGACAGUUACAGACGUGCCAGAUAUUGAUGACCUUCCCAUGUCCCAAGUGGCUGUUGAAAAUGCAGCCUCCAUUUUGUCACAGAUCAUCAUGUGAACCUCCUAAAGCCAAUUUGUAACUGUAGUUUUACUGUAUUCACAAAAUGAAUGGACUUUUAGGACACUUUUCAUCAAGAGUAAUUGAAGCAUCACAUAAUAUGUUAUUUGAGUGCUCCUCAUGCUGCUUAUAAGAAGGACAAGCUGCUGCUGCACUGAGAAAUGGUCUGGUAACAUUGUAAGAUGAUGAACGGCAUAGCCAUUAGUAUGUUUGUAUAAUUUAAGAAGUGAGCAAUAUGAAAGGCAAUUGAAAUGUUUGCAGUAAUGAUUGCUUCCAAUUGCCAAUGCCAUGUAAAAACACAUCAUGUAGAACUUAUUUUUGAAUAACAAUAUUUAGUUGUUGUAGCACACGUUACGCACACUUAUGAUGUAAGUUCUCAGUAGUACUUCCUAUGCCUAUAUUUAUCAAAGUGUAUGCAUGUAUGCAUGUAAUAACGUGCAUUGAAGAGAGGUUCAUGUAAGCGCUGAUACUAUGAGCCACUAUGCGUUUGUUGUUAAAUAAAUGCACUUUAUUGUCCUCCCACCCCACCCCAAUUCUCUCUCUCUCUCCUUUUAUAUGAUCUUCAUUUACAUUCAUUCAUUUUAUGUGUAUAUAAAGAUGGGCACACAUAGGGGAACUUAUCAGAUACAGCAUAUACCUUUCGGGUGCAAUUAUUUACGUCUACUGAAAACUUGCAUUCAAUACAUUUCUUGCAUGUUCAGAAUCACGAAAGGCAUAAAGCUACAGAACAGAUAAAAAUUUUCAAUUCUUCAGUGAGUUUUCGCAAGUUUACAGAAUGUGGACUUCAUGUGAGAACUUUCUGCAGGAAUGUUAGGUAUGAGAACAUCAACUAUUUCAUAUCUUUCACACUCAAAAAGAACCUAUCCAGCCACUUAAAUAUUACGCCUGCUGUUAAACAUUGGAACAACAGUGAAUGUAAUGAACCCACCACACGGUGACAUCCUGACACCUUGAGAAAACACAGCUGUCUGCUUUCCAACUCAUUUUACUAAAGCAAUUCAAUUCAUGCAUAUUCAAACCUCCACCACAUGUUAAAUAGAAAGUCUUUUAAUAUGUAUGCGAUAUGUUUUGAGUACCGUUGUUUUCAUCAGUACUUCUGCUCUCGAUGCACUCUCUUGGCGUGUAUGCACAGUUGUGUAUGCCUGAAGUGGUGAUAUGCUCCAUUUCAAGGAAAUUAAUAAUAAAGCAAUGAGGAAGUCACUCAUGCAGAUGCACCUGGUGCUGCACACACACAAAGAAUUUUACUCUCUUGGGCUUCUUUUGUCCCCUAAUGAAAAUCCUCAAUCUUGCCUACACUUCCAUUAUUUAACACUCUACACUCGCUACAUUUCUGUCUGGACUUAUCUUGUCCCUACGCAAUAAUCAUUUAUGUUGUGUGAAUUUUUUUCUUUAACUCCAUGCUCCUGGUACUUAAAAGUCAUGAACGGAAUGCAUGUAUCAGCAUUACUGAGAGAGAGAAAUAGAAGACAGGAAAGGCAGGGAGGUUAACCAGAUGCACGUCCGAUUUGCUAUCCUGCACUGGGCGAAGGGGGCAUGGGGAUGAAGAGAAAGAGAGGAGAGAGAGAGCACAGUUUCGCACACAGUGGAAGGUUCGCACCGAGUCUACAGUCUGUUCCCAAGACUUGUUCACUUGAGGUAUUUCAGGAGAGCUUUCGUGGCCUUCUUUGCCAUAGAUGCGAAUGACCAGGGUCCAAGGAUCUUCAUUACGGAAAAUGGUCUAGAGUCCAGCUGGUUCAGUGCUGUCUGGAGAACUUUACGCUCGACGUCGUAUUGGGGACAUAUACAUAGGAUGUGUUCAAUCGUUUCUGUGGUUUUGCUAGAGUCGCACAUGGGCGUAUCCCCCAUUCCAAUGCGGAACGAGUAGGCCUUCGUAAAUGCCACCCGGAGCCAGAGGUGGCACAAUACUGUCGCCUCAGAGCGGGAAAUUUUUGAUGGCACUUGUAGCUUUAAGGAUAGAUCCAGCCUAUGAAAAUGACACUUCAGGACAUUGGGAGAAGACCAGUAUUUGUGGGUCAUAGCUUUAGCCACAAUAUGAAGCUGCCUUGCAGCAUUGGUUCUUGAUAAGGGCAUUGGAACUGAUCAGGCAUCCAGAUGAACAGACCGGCAGCUUCGUCAAUGAGGUCAUUACCAGCAAUACCGGUAUGUCCAGGUAGCCACUGGAAUAUAAUUUCAUGCCCUUUAGCAAUAGCUUGAUAGCGAUCUUCUUUUAUUUCGUGUGUCAGCUGCUCAUGACUCCUACGAUAUAUGGCAAAAUGCAGACUCUGAAGUGCUGCCUUAGAGUCGCAAAAAAUGACCCAUUUCGGAGUUGUCUCUUGCAGGAGAUAUUUGACAGCAGCAUGCAGGGCAGCAAGCUCUGCCCUGCAUUACACAGCAUUCCUGACAAAGUUAUGGGUGUGCAGCACUAGAGAAGAAGUGCACGCAAGACAGAUUACAAAUAUUGUCUGGGGACAUGGUGAGCUCCAAAGGGUGCAUAUUUUUUCUUCGAGUGAGCACUAACAUUUUACACACCUUAGGGUAAUUUUUUUCACAAUGAUCAUCAUCAGGACUGUGUGUGUUUCCUUUCUUACCUAUCUGUCAGGAAAUGCACAGAAGACAUAACUAAGAAGUAAAAGACAUAGUGCGGAAAGACAAGGACAAAUACAAGGGGCACAAGAGACAGGUGCUAAACACAAAACUACAGCUGAAGACCCGAUACAUAUGCCUUUAUAUGCACAUAGUACUGCCUAUUGAAACUGAUGGCUGUUGACUUGAUGUAAAACUCAAGUACAGCAAUGAAGUUGUCACUGGUCACCCCUGUGACGUUUUGGAAUGUGAAUUCAUGAUUCUUUUUUAUUGUGUCACGCACAGCACAACAGUUUACAAUGAGGUACAAAAUAGAAUAAAUCCUCGGUGUCAAUUGAAAAGUUUGUGAGGCUAUUCACUUUUCCCUCUCUGAGUUCCUCGACAAUGCUGAAGUAGCUGCAAACAAGGAACAAUUCUUCUAUAUUUUAGGAACUUUGAUGCUGUUGUAAGUAACAUAGGAUGAGGCAUUGCCAUUAACUUUUCUCCAUAAUUAUCAUUCACAGCGGACAGUCUGGCCUGUGUGUUUUUUUUUUUGUGUGUGUGUGUGUGUGUGUUUUUCUUGUAAAGAAGGCUUCUAAGGAACUGCCUGCUGCCUUUUUUGAAGUGUGUCCAGUCUCAAAUCCUUCAUUAGACUGUUUGCCGUCCUUUUUUUGAAGCUUAAGGUUAGAACUUGUGCGCUUGAAGCUUUUUUUCUCUAUAGCAGCUAGGAUUUCUUUCCUCAACCUUCCCUUUGGACAUGACAAUGAACCCCGCUUGUCCCACAAUAAAAAUCGUAAUCAACCUUU